AUGACGGACUCCAAGUACUUCACCACCACCAAGAAAGGGGAGAUAUUUGAGCUGAAAGCCGAACUCAACAGUGACAAGAAGGAGAAGAAGAAGGAGGCCGUGAAGAAGGUGAUAGCGUCCAUGACCGUCGGCAAGGAUGUCAGUGCUCUCUUCCCGGACGUGGUGAACUGCAUGCAGACGGACAACCUGGAGCUGAAGAAGCUGGUGUACCUCUACCUGAUGAACUACGCCAAGAGCCAGCCUGACAUGGCCAUCAUGGCAGUCAACACCUUCGUCAAGGACUGCGAGGACCCGAACCCCCUGAUCCGGGCUCUGGCCGUGCGCACCAUGGGCUGCAUCCGCGUGGACAAGAUCACGGAGUACCUCUGCGAGCCCCUGCGCAAGUGCCUGAAGGACGAGGACCCUUACGUGCGCAAGACGGCCGCCGUCUGCGUGGCCAAGCUCCACGACAUCAACGCCCAGCUGGUGGAGGACCAGGGCUUCCUGGACACCCUCAAAGACCUCAUCUCUGACUCCAACCCCAUGGUGGUGGCCAACGCAGUCGCGGCUCUGUCGGAAAUCGCUGAGUCCCCCCCGAGCAGCAACCUCCUGGACCUCAACCCCCAAUCCAUCAACAAGCUGCUCACGGCCCUGAACGAGUGCACGGAGUGGGGCCAGAUCUUCAUCCUCGACUGCCUGGCCAACUACAUGCCCAAGGACGACCGGGAAGCCCAGAGCAUUUGCGAGCGGGUGACGCCCCGGCUGUCACACGCCAACUCGGCGGUGGUGCUCUCGGCGGUGAAGGUGCUGAUGAAGUUCAUGGAGAUGCUGUCGAAGGACCUGGAUUAUUAUGGCACCCUGCUGAAGAAGCUGGCCCCGCCGCUGGUCACUCUGCUCUCCGCGGAGCCCGAGCUGCAGUACGUGGCUCUGCGCAACAUUAACCUCAUCGUGCAGAAGAGGCCUGAGAUCCUGAAGCACGAGAUGAAGGUGUUCUUUGUGAAGUACAACGACCCCAUCUACGUCAAACUGGAGAAACUGGACAUCAUGAUCCGCCUGGCUUCCCAGGCCAACAUUGCCCAGGUGCUGGCAGAGCUGAAGGAAUACGCCACGGAGGUGGACGUGGACUUCGUGAGGAAGGCGGUGCGAGCCAUCGGCCGCUGCGCGAUCAAGGUGGAGCAAUCGGCCGAGCGCUGCGUCAGCACCCUGCUGGACCUCAUCCAGACCAAAGUCAACUACGUGGUGCAGGAGGCCAUCGUCGUCAUCAAGGACAUCUUCCGCAAGUACCCCAACAAGUACGAGAGCGUGAUCGCCACCCUCUGCGAGAACCUCGACUCCCUGGAUGAGCCCGAGGCGCGGGCUGCCAUGAUCUGGAUUGUGGGCGAGUACGCCGAGCGGAUCGACAACGCCGACGAGCUGCUGGAGAGCUUCCUGGAGGGCUUCCAUGACGAGAGCACCCAGGUCCAGCUGCAGCUGCUGACGGCCAUCGUGAAGCUGUUCCUGAAGAAGCCCACCGAGACGCAGGAGCUGGUGCAGCAGGUGCUGAGCCUGGCCACGCAGGACUCCGACAACCCCGACCUGCGGGACCGCGGCUACAUUUACUGGCGCCUGCUCUCCACCGACCCGGUGGCCGCCAAGGAGGUGGUGCUGGCGGAGAAGCCCCUCAUCUCUGAGGAGACAGAUCUGAUCGAGCCCACGCUCCUGGACGAGCUCAUCUGCUACAUCGGGACGCUGGCCUCCGUCUAUCACAAACCUCCCAGCGCCUUCGUGGAGGGGAGCAGGGGUGUCGUGCACAAGAGCUUGCCCCCGCGAACGGGCUCGUGA